GAGGGGAGCCGGGGAAGGGAAGAGCCAAGAUGGCGGCGGGAGCAGCAAGGAGGGAGGAGGCGCUCUUCCUGCUCUUCCUCCUCUUGGAUCUCCUCAGACCGGAAGCUCCCCCGUCGUGAUCCCGCCGCCCUGCGAAGACCCUCAUCGUCUUCAUCCUUGUCGUCCCUCGUCCUGACCCGAGAAUGUCCAGUUCGGGCUACCCCACCAGCCAAGGGGCCUUCAGCGCGGAGCAGGGCCGCUACCCCACCCACUCGGUCCAGUACACCUUCCCCGGCGGGCGGCAUCAACAGGAGUUUGCCGUUCCAGACUUCCGGACCGCGCACCUGGAGGUCAGCCAGGCCACGCAGCUCCUCCAGCAGCAGCAGCAGCUCCGCCGGCGCCCCUCCCUCUUGUCCGAGUUCCACCCUGGCGCAGACAGGUACGUCCCUGUCCUGCAUCCCCUUUACGGCGUUCACACAAUCAGGCCGCAGGAGCGGAGGUCCGGCUACGAGGCGCAGUUCCACGCCGGCCCCUCGCCCGCCGACCAUGACGCCCUGGAGGCCAAGCGUCCGCGCCUCGACCCCUUGUCCGACGCCCAUUACCAACGGGUCAGUGCUGCUGCCGCCGCCCUGCCCUUGGCUCACGCUCUGCAGGAGGGGCUUCGGACCUCCGACUUGAAGAAGGAGCCGGGCUUUGUGGGCAAGCAUGAGGUGCCUCUGUCGCCGCUCUCGGGGCCGUCCUGCGGGGAAGACCAGAACGCCUCCCCCUCCAAGCUCUCCAAGGAGGAGCUGAUCCAGAGCAUGGACCGCGUGGACCGGGAGAUCGCCAAGGUGGAGCAGCAGAUCCUCAAGCUCAAGAAGAAGCAGCAACAACUCGAAGAAGAAGCCGCGAAGCCCCCUGAGCCCGAGAGGCCCGUCUCCCCUCCUCCGGUGGAGCAGAAGCACCGCAGCAUUGUCCAGAUCAUCUACGACGAGAAUCGGAAAAAAGCAGAGGAAGCUCACAAGAUCUUUGAAGGUUUGGGACCUCGAGUCGAACUGCCACUUUACAACCAACCGUCGGACACCAAAGUGUACCAUGAAAACAUCAAGACGAACCAAAUCAUGAGGAAGAAGCUGAUUUUGUUCUUCAAGCGGAGGAACCACGCCAGGAAACAGCGGGAGCAGAAGAUCUGCCAGCGCUAUGACGAGCUGAUGGAGGCCUGGGAGAAGAAGGUGGACCGGAUCGAGAACAACCCGCGCCGGAAGGCCAAGGAGAGCAAGACGCGGGAGUAUUACGAGAAGCAGUUCCCAGAGAUCCGGAAGCAGCGGGAGCAGCAGGAGCGCUUCCAACGGGAGACCAGCAACAAAAUGUUGCAGCGCGCAGAGCCUCCUGUCCAGGGUUCCAGCAGGGUUGGCCAGAGGGGGGCCGGGCUGUCCGCCACCAUCGCGCGGAGCGAGCACGAGAUCUCGGAGAUCAUCGACGGGCUCUCGGAGCAGGAGAACAACGAGAAGCAGAUGCGCCAGCUCUCGGUCAUCCCGCCCAUGAUGUUUGACGCAGAGCAGCGGCGGGUCAAAUUCAUCAACAUGAACGGCCUGAUGGAGGACCCCAUGAAGAUCUACAAGGACCGGCAGUUCAUGAACGUCUGGACUGACCAUGAGAAGGAGAUCUUCAAAGAAAAGUUUGUCCAGCAUCCAAAGAACUUUGGCUUAAUUGCGUCUUAUUUAGAAAGAAAGAACGUUCCGGACUGCGUCUUGUACUACUACCUGACCAAGAAGAACGAAAACUAUAAGGCUUUGGUGCGUCGCAACUACGGCAAGCGGCGCGGGAGGAACCAGCAACAAAUCGCUCGGCCGUCCCAAGAAGAAAAAGUCGAAGAAAAGAUAGAGGAGGAGAAGGCCGAGCGAACUGAGAAGAAGGAGGAGGAGAGGAGAGAUGAAGAGGAGAAGGACGAAAAAGAAGAAUCAAAGGAAACUCUCAAGGAGAAGGAGAAGGCCGAGUCAGUGCCCGAGGAGCCUGAGGAGCGGGAGCAGACUGCGCCCCGAGGCCGGAAGACCGCUAAUAGCCAGGGACGUCGCAAGGGACGCAUCACCAGGUCGAUGACCAAUGAGGCGGCUGCCGCCAACGCUGCCGCUGCUGCAGCCACUGAAGAACCACCGCCUCCGCUGCCCCCACCUCCGGAGCCAUCUUCUGCGGAGCCGGUCGAGACGUCGCGCUGGACGGAAGAAGAGAUGGAAGUGGCAAAGAAAGGCUUAGUGGAGCACGGACGCAACUGGGCGGCCAUUGCCAAGAUGGUGGGCACCAAGAGCGAGGCCCAGUGCAAGAACUUCUACUUCAACUACAAGCGGCGGCACAACCUAGACAGCCUCCUCCAGCAGUACAAGCAGAAGUCCUCCCGAAGGCCCCGCGAAGAGCGCGACGUGUCGCAGAGCGAAAGCGUGGCCUCCACCGUCUCAGCCCAAGAGGAUGAAGACAUCGAAGCCUCCAACGAGGAGGAGAACCCUGAAGACAGCGAAGGUGCUGAGAACAGCUCCGACACCGAGAGUGCCCCCUCACCUUGCCCGACAGAGGCCACCAAGCCAGCGGAAGACGCCCCUCCGGAGAGCCACUCGUCCCGGGUGGCGUCAGAAGCUGCGCCGGAGGGUGAAUCCACCACGAAGCCGGUCCCAAGCGGGUCCCCUCCUCUUUCUCCUCCUCCUCCUGCUCCGGAGGCCCAGAGUGUCAAGGUGGAGGAGAAGGGGGCGGCGGAGCUGCAGGUGAAGGAAGAGGCGCCAGGCGAGGUGGAGGAGCCCAUGGAGGCGGGGUGCGACUCCAAGCCCCUCCUAGGCUUGCUGGCCGGUGCCAAGGCCGAGCCCCCGGAGGCCCCUCAAGAGGUCCAGGUCAAGGCGGAGAGCAGUGAGACCAAGGAGCGGGUGGAAGAGGAGGCGGAGGCAGCCCCGGCGCCCACGGAGAAGGGCCAGCCCCAGAGGAUGGGCUUCGGGCCCCCCGCCCAGGCCCCGCCUCCCCCGGACCACUCCGACAAUGACUCCAGCGCCACCUGCAGCGCCGACGAGGAGGUCGAUGGGGAGCCCGACAGGCAGCGGUGGGCCUCCCUCCCGCGGGGAAGCCAGAGCCCACUGCCCUCCGCUGAGAGCAGGAUCUUCUCAAUGGAUGGCAAGCCUUCCAUCUUGAACCCCGGUGGUCCCCUCCUGGUGUCACCCAACAUCAAACAAGGGCCGAUGGACCUGCAGCAGCUCCAGAACCGGGCGGCCGUCAUCCCGCCAAUGGUCUCUUCCUCCUCCUUGCCGGGGCUGCCCCAGGGGAUGGCCAUGAGCGGCUACACCCUCUUCCAGCAGCACAUCAAAGCCAUGCACAAGUCCACCAUGCUGGAGGAGCAGCAGCAGCGCCAGCGGCAAGAGCAGAUGGAGGCUGAGUGUCGGCGGUCAGCCAGCCCCUGCGGCCCGGCCAGGAGUCCCAACAUUGAGUGGGACGGGAAGCCCAUGGCCUACAUGCCAUACGCCGAAGUGAAGCGCGCCAUGGAGCAGGAGGCGCAGAUGCAGAGCGCGGUGGUGCGCUCCUCCUCACCAUACCGCCUGUCGCCCCGGGAGGUCAGCAAGGCCUCCCCUCAGCCGGACAUCAACGCCGUGCGCUACAGCGUCCCACCAGUUCUCCAGCCCGCGCCUCACCAAGUCAUCACCAACCUCCCCGAAGGAGUCCGGCCCCUGACGACCCGGCCGACCCGACCUCCGCCCCCGUUGAUCCCCUCCUCCAAAACGGCGGUGCCCUCCGAGAAGCCCUCUUUCAUCAUGGGGGGAUCCAUCUCACAGGGCACCCCCGGGACGUACUUGACCUCCCACAGCCAAGCGUCCUAUGGCCAAGAGCCCUCCAAGCCCUCGGUGGGCUCCAUCUCCCUCGGAUUGCCAAGGCAGCAGGACUCCGCCAAAUCAGCUUCCCUGCCGUACAUCAAGCAGGAGGAAUUUUCUCCCCGAAGCCAGAACUCGCAGCCCGAAGGCCUCUUGGUCAGAGCCCAGCAUGACGGGGUGGUUCGAGGGACGGCAUCCGCUAUCCAAGAAGGAAGCAUCACUCGUGGGACACCAGCCAGCAAGGUUUCGGUUGAGACGAUGCCAUCUUUGCGUGGUUCCAUCACCCAGGGGACACCAGCCCUGUCCCAGUCGGGGAUUGCGGCCGACGUUCUGCUAAAAGGGACCAUCACACGCCUGGCCACGGAGGACAGCAGCCCCGAGAAGUGCCGGGAGGAAGCCGGCGCCUCCAAAGGCCACGUUAUUUAUGAGGGCAAGAGCGGGCACAUCAUCACCUACGACGCCAUCAAGAACGUCCGAGAGGGAACCCGGAGCCCGCGGACAGCUCACGAGAUGAGCCUGAAGCGGACCUACGACGCCAUGGAAGGAAACAUCAAGCAAGGGAUGUCCAUGAGGGAAUCGCCCGUCUCUGCACCUUUGGAAGGGCUGAUUUGCCGUGCCCUCCCUCGGGGCAGCCCUCAUGCAGACCUCAAGGAGAGGACUGUGCUCUCGGGGUCUAUCAUGCAAGGCACCCCGCGAGCAACGCCCGAGAGCUACGAGGAGGGGCUGAAGUACCCCAAGAUCAAGCGGGAGUCUCCUCCAACACGGAGCUUUGAGGGCGCCAUCUCCAAGGGGAAGCCCUAUGAGGGGGUCACCACCAUCAAGGAGAUGGGCCGUUCCAUCCAUGAGAUCCCCCGACAGGACCUACUGGGCCAGGAGAGCCGGAAGACACCCGACAUCGUCCCCGGCACGCGGCCCAUCAUCGAGGGCUCCAUCUCCCAGGGGACACCUAUCAAGUACGAGAGCGGCCCUGCUCCGUCCGCCAUCAAGCACAAUGUCAAGUCGCUGAUCACGGGCCCCAGCAAGCUGUCCCGCGGGAUGCCGCCGCUGGAGAUGGUGGCAGAGAGCGCCAAGGCGGCAGAGCAGCGCGGGAAGUACGAGGAGGCGAAGGUGGCGGCCGGUGGAGGGGAGGUGCGCCCCCGCCACACCUCGGUGGUCAGUGCAGGCCCCUCCGUCCUGCGCUCCACUCUGCAUGAGGCGCCUAAGGCCCAGCUCAGCCCUGGGAUCUACGAGGACGGCAGUGCCCGGAGGACCCCUGUCGGCUACCAGAGCCUGUCCAGGAGCUCCCCCAUGAUGAACCGGGGGCCAGAAGGGAAGUCGGCGAAUCACGAGAGGAAGUCCACCCUGACGCCGACGCAGCGGGAAAGCAUCCCGUCCAAGUCGCCAGUCCCCGGGGUGGAUCCAGUAGUGACCCAUGGACCCUUUGACCCCCACCAUCGGGGGGCCACGCCAGACGUCUACCGAAGCCACCUCCCCUCUCACCUGGACCCGGCCAUGCAGUUCCACAGGGCUCUGGAUCCUGCCACGGCCUACAUGUUCCAGCGGCAGCUGUCCCCGACGCCGGGCUACCCAAGCCAGUACCAGCUCUACGCCAUGGAGAACACGCGGCAGACCAUCUUCAACGACUACAUCACCUCUCAGCAGAUGCAGGUCAACCUGCGCCCCGACUUGGCCCGGGGCCUCUCCCCACGAGAGCAAGCGCUGGGCCUGCCCUACGCCGGAACCAGAGGGAUCAUUGACUUGAACAGCAUGGCUCCCACUAUCCUGGUGCCCCACCCAGGGGGGCCCAGCACCCCUCCCAUGGAGAGGAUCACCUACAUCCCCAGCACUCCGCUGGCAUUCCCCACCAGACCCUACAACCCGCCCUCCAUGUCCCCAGGGCACCCUUCCCACUUGGCGGCCUCUGCUGUGGCGAACGCUGAACGGGAGCGGGAGCGAGAAAAGGAACGAGAGCGAGAACGGGAGCGCGAGAGGGAGCGGGAGAGGAUCGCCACCGUCCCCUCUGAACUCUACCUUCGUCCCGGAGCCGAGCCACCCGGCCGUCCCUCCAGCCACGGCUACGUCCGCUCGCCCUCCCCUUCGGUGCGCAGCCAAGAGAGCAUCAUGCAGCAGCGGCCCAGCAUUUUCCAAGGCUCCAACGGGACGAGUGUCAUCACCCCGCUGGACCCCACUGCCCAGUUGCGCAUCAUGCAGCUUCCUCCUGGCGGCCCCUCCAUCACGCAAGGCCUGCCCGCUUCCCGCUACAACACGGCUGCUGACGCUUUGGCUGCCUUGGUGGACGCCGCGGCUUUGGCCCCGCAGAUGGAGGUGGGCAAGUCAAAAGACGGGGGGAAGCACGAGGGGAGCCGCAUCGAGGAGAACCCGGGCCGCCGGUCGGUGGUGAGCGAGCAGCAGCAGCAGCAAAUGGAGCCGAAGGAGUCCGAGAAGCGGACGUACCCCCCCUCGUCCUCAUCCUCGUCGUCCUUCUCUGGCAGCAAAGCCCAGGGCCAGUCUUCGUCAUCGUCCAGUUACUCAGAGUCUGGGAAGGAGAAAGGCCCGCCUUCCAUCUCCAAGUACGAGGAGGAGUUGCGCACCCGGGGGAAGACCACCAUCACCGCCGCCAACUUCAUCGACGUCAUCAUCACCCGGCAGAUCGCCUCCGACAAGGAUGCCCGAGACCGUGGAUCCCAGAGCUCUGACUCCUCCAGCAGUCUUUCCUCUUCCCAACGGUACGAACCGCCCCGAGAUGCCAUCGAGGUGAUCAGCCCUGCCAACUCUCCCGCCCCGCCCCAGGAGAAGAUGCCUCCAUACCAGCCGGAACCACCCAAAAUGGGCCAAGGAGAAAGAGACUGCAGCCGCCAGUACGAAGGAUCCAUCAAUUCGUACCGCUCGCAGCAGGAUUCUCCGUCACCGCAACAACCGCCGCCGCCUCCGCCACAACAGCAGCAGCAGCCGCCUCCGCAGCCACCGGGCGAAGGGAUGGGUCCAGUCCCUCGCACCCACCGCCUCAUCACUCUGGCUGAUCACAUCUGUCAAAUCAUCACGCAGGACUUUGCACGCAACCAAGCCUCCAGCCAGGCAGCCCUGCAGACCCCGGGCAGCACAUUCCAGUCCUCGGCCCCAUCCUCGGCGCCCCCCUCCGGCCGGACAAAGCCCCCCAGCCGCUACAGCCCUGAGGCCCAGGCCCAGCCAGCCCCCCCGCACCAGCGGCCGGCCUCCAGGGUCUCCCCCGAAAACCUCUCCGACAAAAGCAGGGGAAGGCUAGGGAAAUCCCCUGAAAGAAGCCAUGUCUCCUCCGAGUCGUACGAGCCCAUCUCCCCGCCACAGGCCCCCGCCAGUCACGAGAAGCAGGACAACCUUCUGUUGCUGUCGCAGCGAUCCGAACCUUCGGAACAGAGGACGGACUCUCGUUCCCCCGGAAGCAUGAGCUACCUGCCUUCCUUCUUCACGAAGCUGGAGAGCACCUCGGCCAUGGUCAAGUCCAAGAAGCAGGAGAUCUUUCGGAAGCUGAACUCCUGCGGCGGAGGCGACUCGGACAUGACCGCUGCUCAGCCAGGGACAGAAAUAUUUAACUUGCCUGCUGUCACGACUUCAGGACCGGUCAGCGCCCGAGGCCAUUCCUUUGCCGACCCGGCCAGCAACUUGGGCCUGGAGGACAUCAUCCGCAAAGCCCUGAUGGGCAACUUUGACGAGAAAGGGGAGGACCACGGCCUGGCUAUGGCCCAGCCCUUGGGGCUCCUGCCAGGGGGUGCCAACCCGGCGAGCGGCGGCGAGACCCGCAGGGAGGACGCCAACCCUUCGCCCAACCCGGGUGGGGGAGUUGGCAAGCAGAAGCUGAUGGGCAAGUCGGGCAGCCGGAAGUCCAAGUCCCCUCUCCCAGGGCAGGGCUACCUAGGGGCGGAACGUCCCUCGUCGGUUUCCUCGGUGCACUCGGAGGGCGACUACCACCGGCAGACCCCGGUGUGGUCCUGGGAGGACCGGCCCUCCUCCACAGGUCAGCCGAGCCAGGCGGCCAGCGGGGAGAGCAACUUGAAAGCAGGAUCCACCCAGUUCCCGUACAACCCCCUGACGAUGCGCAUGCUGAGCAGCACCCCUCCGACGUCCAUCACCUGCACCCCGUCGGCACCCGGACAGGUGCCCCCCCACCAGCCGAACCGGAUUUGGGAGCGGGAGCCAGCCCCGCUCCUCUCGGCCCAGUAUGAGACCCUUUCGGACAGUGACGACUGAACCCGGGGCCAAAGUCGGGGUGUGAGUGUGAGUGAGAGCUGGGGAGGCCCUUCUCCAUGCGCCGCGCCCCCGAAGACGGUCCUGGGUUGUCCAGAGAUGGCGUUAUUUCUGGAACUUGGAAAUAUUAUUGUGUUUUCCCCAGUCGGGUUGUGCAAAGACUCCUUUCUAUGCAAACCGCCAGGAUUGGGGGAGAACUGAAAAAUAUGUAAAGAGGUGUUUUGUUUUUGUUUGUUUGUUUUUUUUUUAAAGAGGACAUAUUACUGAGCAACAUCUUUAUUUGUAAAGAGAACCUGAACCUAAUAAGGAAACCAAGAGAGAGAGAGAAAGCGCCCAUUUCCCCCCUGUGUAAAUAGAGUAACCUUUUCCCUGCAAAAACCGCGCAUCGGUAGAGCAUUCUGGUGUACUUAUGUCAAAAUCACUGCAUACAACUCGUUGGGGUAAUUUUAUAAUUUUUUUAACAGAUUUUUUUCCUUCUCAAUGUUCAUUAUUUUUCAGGCGUCGCCCGGCCUGAGCAUCUCAAAACAAACGAGAGAUGGCGCUUGCUUACUCGUUUCCGUCGAGACGUUCAGGCCGGACGACGCCACUCGGCACAUAACAACCUCCUCGUCCGUUCGGCUGUAUAUUGCUACGUUUUCCGCCCUAAACGCAUACCUUUUUUUUCCUGUGGUGACAAAAUACAUUGUGGAGAUUUUAUUAUUAAUUCCGAAGCCGACCCCGUCUUGAAUGCUGUACAUUUUGUUUUGUUUUGUUUUUUUUAAAUAGGAAAACAAAAUAUAACUUGGUUUUCGCCGGGAUAUACAAACGCUAUUCUCUCCUCCGUACCGCCGUACAUUCCCCAAACUGUGAAACAUUGGCCUGGGGACGUAAUUGUGACACCUUUCUCUCUCCGCAUACACACAAACCCUCGCUUCCGAGAUUGCUGUUCUUACAUUUUAUCUCUUUGACAGGCGCUUGUAACUAAAUCGUUUUCCAGAACCAAA